AUGGAGUGGAGUUACCUGCUGGAAGUCACCUCGCUGCUCGCCGCCCUGUGCCUGCUGCAGCGCGCCGGCUGCGCCGCCGCCUCGGCCGCCGCCGCCGCCUCCUCCUCGUCGUCGGCCAAGGAGCUGUCGUGCCAGGAGAUCACCGUGCCCCUGUGCAAGGGCAUCGGCUACAACUACACCUACAUGCCCAACCAGUUCAACCACGACACGCAGGACGAGGCCGGCCUGGAGGUGCACCAGUUCUGGCCGCUCGUGGAGAUCCAGUGCUCGAGCGACCUGCGCUUCUUCCUGUGCAGCAUGUACACCCCCAUCUGCCUGGAGGACUACAAGAAGCCGCUGCCGCCGUGCCGCAGCGUGUGCGAGCGCGCCAAGGCGGGCUGCGCGCCGCUCAUGCGCCAGUACGGCUUCGCGUGGCCCGACAGGAUGCGCUGCGACCGCCUGCCCGAGCAGGGCAGCCCGGACACGCUCUGCAUGGACUACAACCGCACGGACCUGACCACGGCGGCGCCGCCCGCCAAGCCGCCGCCGCGCGCCGCGCUCUACAACCGCGUCAAGACGGGGCAGAUCGCCAACUGCGCGCUGCCCUGCCACAACCCCUACUUCAGCCCCGACGAGCGCGCCUUCACCGCCUUCUGGAUCGGCCUGUGGUCGGUGCUCUGCUUCCUCUCCACCUUCGCCACCGUCUCCACCUUCCUCAUCGACAUGGAGCGCUUCAAGUACCCCGAGCGGCCCAUCAUCUUCCUGGCCGCCUGCUACCUCUUCGUCUCGCUCGGCUACCUGGUGCGCCUCGUGGCAGGCCACGAGAAGGUGGCCUGCAGCGGUGGCGCAGCGGCCGCAGGGCCCGGCGCGGGGGCCGCGGGUGCUGGGGGCAGCGCGGCGGCUGCAGGGGCGGCGGGGGGACGCGGGGCGGCGGGCGGCGCGGCCGAGCUGCAGCCCGAGCUGGCCGUGGCCGAGCACGUGCGCUACGAGAGCACCGGCCCGGCGCUCUGCACCGUGGUCUUCCUGCUCGUCUACUUCUUUGGCAUGGCCAGCUCCAUCUGGUGGGUCAUCCUCUCCCUCACGUGGUUCCUGGCAGCCGGCAUGAAGUGGGGCAAUGAGGCCAUCGCCGGCUACGCACAGUAUUUCCACCUGGCAGCCUGGCUGCUCCCCAGCGUCAAGUCCAUCGCCGUGCUGGCACUCAGCUCUGUGGAUGGGGACCCGGUGGCAGGCAUCUGCUACGUGGGCAACCAGAGCCUGGAGAAYCUGCGSGGCUUUGUGCUGGCACCACUGCUCAUCUACUUGGCCAUCGGCUCCAUGUUCCUGCUCGCUGGCUUCGUCUCGCUCUUCCGCAUCCGCAGCGUCAUCAAGCAGCAGGGCGGCCCCACCAAGACCCACAAGCUGGAGAAGCUGAUGAUCCGCCUGGGCCUCUUCACSGUGCUCUACACUGUGCCGGCCGCCAGCGUGGUCGCCUGCCUCUUCUACGAGCAGCACAAUCGGCCCCGCUGGGAGGCCACACACAACUGCCCCUGCCUGCGUGACCAGCAGCCUGAUCAGGCCCGCCGCCCGGACUAUGCUGUCUUCAUGCUCAAGUACUUCAUGUGCCUGGUGGUGGGCAUCACCUCUGGUGUGUGGGUCUGGUCCGGGAAGACCCUUGAGUCCUGGAGGGCUCUCUGCACCCGCUGCUGCUGGUCCAGCAAAGGAGCUGCUGUGGCCGGGGGCACAGGGGCAGGCGCAGGAGGACAGGCCGCAAUCGCUGCCGCGGGAGGACUCGGUGCUGGAGGCGGUGGCUCCCUCUACAGCGACGUCAGCACCGGCCUCACGUGGAGGUCGGGCACUGCCAGCUCUGUCUCCUACCCCAAGCAGAUGCCCCUGUCUCAAGUGUGAGGAGCGGGGAAAGAGACCAAAGGUUAGGGAAUGAGGGACACCGGCCUGCUCACCCGCCUGCCUAAAAUGCCCCCUCGCUGUUUGGAGCCAUUAAUGAACCCCUAAUGGUCCCUAUUAGCCGCGGCUUGUAUGGAACAAUGCGGCUGGCAGAGGCCCCGGCUGCAGCCCCCGCCUCCCUCCCCACCAUUCACAUACAGGGAGCUCCCACUUCAAGGAGCCAGCUUAUUAUUUURCUGGCAAAGGAGGGUAGAGGCUCCCCCGAGUCUUGCAGAGGGCAGAGCGGCUUCUGAUUCACUCUGGACUAAGAGCAGCUCUUUACCCGUGGGAGGGAGGUUCUUCCUCUCCCCCAUGGCCAGGCAAGAGUGCUGGGACUGCAGGUUUUUGGGAUGUUCACAACCAGGCAAAUGCCUUAUAACGCAGACUGAAUCAAAACAUGUCUUAAUUAUACACCCCAGAUAAAUACGGGUUUCCUUCAUUAAAGGAUGUAUUUAUAUAAUUAUUUGUUACUUUGUACAGUUGUGUAAAAUAUGUAUAUAUCCAAAGCUAUACAGUCUGUAAAUUUUUUUUUUGUAAAAAAAGUUUAGAGGCUACCCCUGUAAGAGCAAAUAUGAGUAUUCUAUUUUGUCAAUAAAAUGACUUUUGAUAAUUGA